AUGUGCUUCAAAAACACUUCUCCUGACCCUGGCAAAGCAGCAUUGAGUAUUGGUCUAUGUAAUGUGAACUUUCUGAAUGGUGUUCCACCAAGUGUCUUCAGAGGAGCUUGGACUACCGAAUAUGCGUCUAAGAAAUGGGAGCUGCAUUCUACCAAACAAAUUGAUGAUGUGGCCUUAAGCAGUGAUGAAAAGAAAACAUGGGACGCAUGUAAACAAGCUCUGUCUGCAUUUAAAUUUACCGUUGAGGAGGAAGAGAAAAUGCUAGGAAAAGCAUUUGGACAGAUCCAUUCACCUUAUUGGGGUGAAGAAAGGAAGAAAGAAGUGCCGAAAUAUGAAGUUGUAAAUGAAAUAUUGGAUUAUCUGAGGAGUUUAAGCCUUUCAGAUGAAGAUCUUCACAAGUUGCUCAAGAAAUUUCCUGAAGUUCUUGGAUGUAGUCUUGAAGGCGAGUUGAAGACCAAUGUCAAGGUUUUGGAGAAGGAAUGGGGAAUAAAAGGGAAAUCUCUACGAAACCUACUCCUUCGAAAUCCAAAAGUGUUGGGUUAUAACAUCGACUGUAAGGGAGAUUGUAUGGCACAAUGCACCCGUUGCUGGGUGCGGUUUUAG